GAGCUCGACACCUGUGGGAGUGAAUACAGUCGUGCUCGUGUUCGCACUGAAGCAGCAUCACGAUGAUCGUCUCGCAUCUGCUGGCGUGUGGACUUAUUCUGACUCUUCUGUCAGUCAGCACGGAGACGAAACCACUAACCCAGGCAGAACAGAGGACCCUGCGGAUGCUGUUGGGAGAGGAUCUGUCUGAGAUCCUGGCGUCCGAUGAGAGCCAGAGGAGGAUGGAGAACCGAGUCCGUCUGCUCCGGGACCUCCGCAUGGACACCCGAGCCAAGGGACCAUGGGCUCGGAUCCUGAACGACCAGCCCGGCUCACGCAGACUCAAAGCCGGAUCUAAGAAGGGAGGAACGACGGCCCGGAGCGGCUGCUUCGGACACAAGAUGGACAGGAUAGGAACCAUGAGCGGGAUGGGCUGCCAACCCUCUCAUUACCAGCCCGGCAAUAAACUCUCAUGAACGAGUCACGGACGUCAUUCACUGUGGACAGAACAGACUCAGUUGCUCUUCUUCUGAGGAGAAACCUAGAGAAUCAGACUCAUGGUACGAACCACUACCACAACCAUUUGUGAGGACAGUGAAACACACAACCGAGAGGAAAUAAUUCAAUAACAUAUACAUGCAAAAGAAAAGAAACACACGGCGGAUGAUGUGGAUAGAAGCUGUAUAUUGUUGCUGCUGUUGUACAUUCAUGUAUUUCAUUCUCGCAUAAAUGUAUUUAUGUUUUAAAAACUAUUUAUAUGUUUAUAAAAGAGAUAUUUAUAAAUAUGAGUUUAUUUAUGUAACAUUUUGAAACGAAUGCAAACUGCAGGUCAAUUCUGUUUGUAACUAUUUUGUCUCUAAUAGUUGUAAAUGUUUUAAAAAUCAUUAAAAAUGCACAGA